AGUCAAAUCUAUUUGCCUUUUGGACUAAACAACUUUGUAAAUCAUAACAACGUGAAAAAAAAUAUAUUUUGACAGAAUGGCUCAAACACUAAAAAGAUCAUUUCUUACACCACAUUCACCGGUAUUGAACUUUCAGCGAUUUCGAGGCAAAAUUAAUAUUCAGAGACCACGAGCGCCGGGAAGAUAUCGACAGCUGCUCGAGGCUGUAUCAAAUCCAAUUUAUCCUAAACGAGUAGAAAUUAAACCUUGUAUUGAGGUUCGAAAAAUUUAUAGAAGUACCGAGGAAAAUCCUUAUGAGAAAAUAAUCGCUCGGGAAACAAAGAAUUGGUUUGAUCACUCACAGAUGGUGACAAUCUUCCAUAUAAAUCCUAUAAGCAGCUAUGAAUUCUUUAAAGCCAGAGUGGCAUUUUUUCAAGAAGGCAUGCAAAUAAAAAAAUACGGAAUGAAAAUCAUGAAACUAGCAUUGAAUGAUACAAAAUACGAAGCAGUGUUAUCAUUACACAACAAAAAGUGCCAAAGUACUGUAUAUGCAUUUUCUCCAGAUCAUAAGAAAGUUGCAACAGUUUUAAAAAUCGUUAAAAAAAUUCCUCAGAUGCAUCUCCUAGCUGGCAUUGUCGAAGAUCAAUUUUUGUCAAAAAAUGAACUCAUAGAAUAUUCACAACAAGGAAACAUUGAUAUUGCAAGGUCACAAUUUGUAAAUGUCUUGAACAUGGCAUCAAGUCAACUCGUUCAAAAUCUUCAAAGUCAUCAAUCAAAUUUGGUUAAUAUUCUUGACGCUCAUGUAAGAGAAUCAGGAAAAUUUGAAGAUUCAAAUAAAUCUGAUGAAUCGGAAAAGUCAGAAAAGUCUUAGAUUAUGUAAAUAAUUUGAUUAUAGAAAUAAAAUCUGUUUUAAAUUAGAAA